UUAAUUCAUAUCCUAAAAUCAUGCUCUGAGUGCAAACUCGUCGAGCCGUUCGUCUCUCUGGGUUUGCCUCAUGAACUCGACCGUGUACGCGCCCGCCGCCGGAGCGCCGCCGGCUCGCCACCACCCCUCGUCCCUCUUCCCUCAGAUCGCGAGAUGCAGGUCCAUGGCCGACCUCAGGCAGGUGCACGCCCGCAUGAUCAAGACCGGCGAGGUCCAGGACCCGCUCGCCGCCGCCGAGAUCCUCCGCUUCUGCGCGCUCUCCGGCCGCCGCGACCUCCGGUACGCGCGGGCGGUCUUCGCCCGGAUGCCCCGCCCCAACUGCUUCUCUUGGAACACCAUCAUCAGGGCUCUCGCCGAGAGCGACGGCGACGCUCUGCAGCAGCUGGAGGCUCUGGUCCUGUUCCGGGAGAUGGUCCGGGACGGCGACGUGGAGCCCAACGGGUUCACGUUCCCGUCGGUGCUGAAGGCCUGCGCGAGGCUGGGGAGGGUGGAGGAAGGGAGGCAGGUGCACGGGGUGGUUGCCAAGCGCGGUUUGGAUGGGGACGAGUUCGUUCUUAGCAACCUCGUCAGAAUGUACGUGCUCUGCGGUGCCAUGGACGAUGCCUACGUUCUGUUUGAUGAGAGAAUUGUUCGGAGCGGCGGCGCGGGGAAGGAGGCGAAUCUCAGGAGGCAAGAGGGGGAUGUGGUUUUGUGGAAUGUGAUAGUUGAUGGGUACGUGAGAAUGGGGGAUUUGAAAGCUGCUCGGGACCUGUUUGAUAAAAUGCCUCAGAGAAGUGCGGUGUCGUGGAACGUGAUGAUAUCUGGGUAUGCGCAACAUGGGCUUUUUAUGGAGGCCGUCGAGAUGUUCCGCGAGAUGCAGAUGGGGGAUGUUUGUGCGAAUUACGUGACAUGGGUUAGUGUCCUUCCGGCAAUUUCGCGCUUGGGGGCGCUGGAGCUGGGGAAAUGGGUCCAUUUGUAUGCAGAGAAGAAAGGGAUUGAGAUCGACGACGUUCUUGGUUCUGCUCUGCUCGAUAUGUAUUCGAAGUGUGGGAGUAUUGAGAAGGCACUUCAAGUUUUUGAGGCGCUGCCAAAAGAGAGCCCGAAAACUUGGAAUGCCAUAAUCGGAGGGCUUGCUAUGCAUGGUAGAGCAAAGGAUGCUCUUGAUUACUUUUCGAGAAUGGAACGGUCCGGAGUAACACCGAGUGAUGUUGCCUACAUUGCUGUAUUAACAGCUUGUAGCCACGCGGGUUUAGUAGAGGAGGGUAGAUCAUUAUUCAACCAUAUGACUAAUGAAGUCGGACUGGAGCCUCGGAUUGAGCAUUAUGGUUGCAUGGUCGAUAUGUUGGGCCGCGCCGGGCUAUUGGAUGAGGCCGAGGAGCUUCUACAGAACAUGCCCAUGGAACCGGAUGAUGUGAUACUAAAGGCCCUGCUAGGUGCUUGUAAGAUGCACGGGAAUGUCGAGAUGGGCGAACAAAUUGCGCAACGGCUGAUGAAGUUAUCUCCUAACGACAGUGGAUCUUACGUGGCUCUCUCCAACAUGUUUGCUUCUCAAGGAAACUGGGAGGGAAUGUCUGACAUUAGACUGAAGAUGAAGGAGAUGGACAUUAGGAAGGACCCCGGGUGCAGCUGGAUCGAGCUCGAUGGAGCGAUUCACGAAUUCCUAGUGGAAGACGAGGCUCAUCCGAGAGCCGAAGAGAUCCGCUUAAUGCUGGAGGAAAUCACUAGCAAGUUGAGAUCAUUAGGCUAUAGCCCCGAUACCACUCAGGUCUUGCUCAAUUUCGACGAAGAACAAAAGGAGAGCACAUUGCACUAUCACAGCGAGAAGAUCGCCGUAGCUUUCGGGCUCAUCAGCACCCGCCCGGGAACUCCGAUCCGGAUCGCCAAGAACCUACGGAUAUGCGACGAUUGCCAUGCCGCCAUGAAACUGAUCUCGAGGGUCUACGAGCGCCCGAUCACCGUGCGAGAUAGGAAGCGGUUUCAUCAUUUUCAGGAUGGUUUCUGCUCAUGCGGGGACUUCUGGUGAAAGUGUUGCGAGAUUGAAGCAUAGCCAUGGCCUUUCUCGACAUAAUUUCUGGUGCUCCGGAUGAUUGGACUGGACUUGUAUUUGACCCAAAUUGAAGCUGGAGAAUAUUGAGUUGGGCUUAGUUUCGUACGACCCAACAUAGAAACUACAACAAAAUAUUGAAGUUGGAAGAGAGUCAAACAAGACAUUGACAUAAAUUCAUAUCUAAAUGUUUUUUUGUAAAUAACGAAAGCAUUUUGUGUAGGCUUAUUUUGUAAGCGAAACAAACGACGAUCAAUUUGAAAAAUAUGUA